UCAUAUAACCAACUGUUUGUUUGAGUGUGAUUGUUAAUGUGACAAAAAUAAAGAAGGAGGGGACCGUAGCCCGAGACGGGGACAUUGUUUUAUCUGUGGGUUCUCCAUGCUAAAACAGUUGUCAGUACAGGGUCCUAUGGUGCACUGGAUGGAUGUGGGUUUGGUGACUAGCUAGCUCACACUGAAGUUGGCUCCAUUCCACUUUUAUUUCGAUCAAAAUUAGACAGAAAUUUCAAAAGGAUAUUAAUAGUUUCCUUUAAACAAAGGAUUUGGAAUCUGAGCUGAUAAAGGAGGAAUAUUCUGUGAAGUAACGCCAAGCUUCCAGAUGUCAUGACAACACAGAAGGAAAUAAAGACUUACUGGAUUUAAGAUAUUACCAAAUAUGGCUAAUAUUCAUAUAAUUCUCCUUUUCUCAUUGAUUCUUUUGAAUCGCUGUCUGGCAAACCCGCCAAACAUCACUUUUCCCUUACAAGAGGAGAUGCCAAAUAAUACUAUAAUCGGAAGCAUCAUCGAAGAACUGGAUUUAGCAACCAAACUCGAACCCAGCGUCCUCGCUAGCAUCCAGUUCAGAUUCAUGGAUGUUGUUCCAACAAUGUUUCGCAUUGACAGCGAUACUAGUAAAAUCUUCACUGCCGGAGUUAUUAAUCGUGAAGAUAAGGAUGUUUGCAAGUUUAAAGUAGAUUGUUUCUUCGAUUUCGAGGUGCUAGUGGGAACACCUUCAUCUACUGUCUAUUUGGAAAUUAUUACCAUUCGCAUCAACAUCACAGAUAAAAACGAUAAUACACCAACAUUUUCGAAACUCCAAAUGGUCCUGAAUAUUUCCGAAUCAACUGCCAUACACAAAAGUUUUCUAAUUGAAAGUGCACAGGAUUUAGAUCGUGGUGUAAACAACUCCAUUCAAUCCUACCAGCUUGUAGCUCUACAGCCACAAUCUGAUUUUGUUCUGCGUCAGGAAGCAAAUGAUAUUGAUGACAACCCCAUUUUGAACUUAGAAGUGAAUCAGGAGCUAGAUUAUGAACGACAGACUAAUUAUGAACUGAUUAUUUUGGCCAGAGAUGGUGGUGUACCACAACGCACAGGAACUCUCACUAUUCAAGUCAACAUUCUUGAUGAAAACGAUAACAAACCAAUCUUCAAAGACCCAUCUGUGAAUAUAACAGUUACGGAAGAUCUUCAGCCAAACAGCCUCAUUUUUACUAUGGAUGCUACCGAUAAGGAUUCCGGAAAACUCGGUGAAGUUUUUUAUAGAUUACGAAAAUCUCAACCACAAGAAAUAUACGAACUGUUUGAUAUAGGUGAAGAUGAUGGUACUUUAACCGUAAAAGGAACUUUAUUGUACCAACCAGGAAAGGUUUAUAUAAUCAUUGUGGAGGCCUCUGACAAGGGAAGUAACCCUCUGGUGUCCACUGCAAUCGUGAGAUUAGCAGUUCGAGACACUGGAAAUAAUGCACCAAUAAUAAGCAUCAGUUUCAUAUCGGACAAAUAUACAGAUAAAGUAGAGAUCUGUGAAUGUGCCGAACUUCAGAUGUUUGUAGCCCUCAUUCAGGUCUCGGAUAUAGACACAGGGGCAAAUGGUGAGGUCACUUGCUCAACAUUCAGUACAUAUUUUGGACUGUCUAGUUUUGGAAGCCAAAGAUAUAAGGUCAUAGUUCAACACAAACUCGACAGAGAGUCAAUUCCGGAGCACAACAUCACAGUUACAUGCCAUGAUAAAGGAACUCCUCAGUUGGAUGGUUCAGUGACCUUCACCGUCAUUGUCUCCGAUGACAACGACAACCCACCCAAGUUUUCGCAGCAUUAUUACAGCAUCAACAUGGAGGAAAACAACUCUCCUGGUCACGAGGUCAUUCAGGUCUCCGCAACUGAUGAUGAUAUAGGGGAAAAUGGGGUCGUGACCUACGCUAUAGAUCCAGCAACUGACCUCCGAUUUGAAAUUGAUGCCAUUAGUGGUGUUGUUCGUGCCAACAUGGUGUUUGAUAGAGAGGCUACUGCUCAUGUGACCUUGAGCGUCAUUGCUAUAGAUAACGGAUCUCCGCAACUCAAUGCUACAGCAACAGUUGUAAUUGACAUCAUCGACCAGAAUGACAGGGAUCCUGAAUUUCUCAAGAGUAUUUUCCCAUUCAGAAUCUCGGAAAAUUUACCUGCAGAAACACCAGUCGGUUCAGUGACUGCUGUGGAUGAGGACCAAAAUUCAAACGGUGAAGUCAGGUACCGAUUCCCACCUAACUUUGAUGCUCACUCGGUUCCUUUUGUUAUAUAUCCUAGUGGGGAGAUCAAAACCACAAAAGAGCUUAACCGUGAGGACCUCAGUCGAUACGAUUUUGCUGUGCAGGCAUAUGAUCAGGGAAAUCCCCCCAGAACUGGGACAACACAAGUCGUCAUUACGGUAACCGACAGCAACGACAACACACCACAAUUCAUAUUUCCAAAUGAGGAAAAUUACACAAUUUCCGUCCCCCAUACGACCCCUGAAGACAGUAUCAUUGCUUCGAUCCAAGCUUAUGACAUGGACGAAGGUGAAAAUGGAAAGGUCAUGUUCUUCAUCAAAAAAGGGGAUGUUGAUAACAUGUUUUAUCUGAAUCAUGAAACGGGAAGUCUUCAUAUCCGGAGGGCUUUCGAAUUUCAUGAAGAUCGGCAAUAUACUCUGACCUUAGAGGUGAAAGAUCGUGGGUCACCCAUUGUUCAGUCCAAAGAUCGCGAUCUCCACAUUGUCGUCAGAUAUGUUAAUACAACAACGAUGAUAACAACACCACAAAACACUGACAAAUUUGUGCUAAUUGUUGUUUCUGUUGUCUGUGUAACUGUUGUGCUGUCCAUAGGACUAAUUGCUGUAAUCUGUGUGCUGCGAAAACGGGAAAAAGACAAAAACAAUAACCCAGAGUUAUCUUUCCCUACCCAGUGUACAAGUAUACCCAAUCUCUAUGAUGAGCCUAAUCCAAAUCGUAAAGAUUAUCCAUCGUCACAAGGAAAAUCCAAGGCUAAGGCCAAAGUCAGCUUCUCACUGGACUCCAAGUCUCCCUUUACGAAGAAUCAACUGUUACAGAAGUUAACCGGUUCACCGACUGGGAAGAAGCCAGAGGUCAAAGACACAGAGAAAUUAGUUGUACAUCUUCCUGGUGGACAGAAAUCCACGCCCAGCAACCCAGAAAAACUUAACAACCUUCACCAAAAACAGGUGAUUGUAUCUAAAUCCCAUCAGGAGGAGAGUUUAAGUGAGUCGUCUGGGGAGACACUCCCCUCAGACAGUGGCCAUGGAGGAAGUGAAGAAGAUUUCUCACACGCAGAUAAUCAAAACACGUUUGAACUCAACCCACUGUUUGCACAGGGAAAAGAUACAUCAGGAAUAUAUGUGAUACGACAACACAGCCAGGGUGUCAAUUCAGAUGUUCCGAUCACAAAACCUCUCAAACAGCAAAACAGAUACUCUCUACCAACGGGAGGCAUCAGAAUGCCAUGUGCUCCUUUAAAAAACAACAAUCAUUAUUUAGAUGACAGCUUAUUAACUUCUAGUGUGAACUCUACAAUGUGCUCUACAAAUCGUAGUCAAAAUUCACAUAAAAACAAUUCUAAUAAUGUAAAUACUUUGCCUACGAUAUUUGACUUGCAAUCAAAAGGUCACUCUAGUUUUGACUUUGGAAGUGGCUCAAUGUUUUAUGGUAAAGAUUUUACGCUUGGCAGCCACAGUGCACACAGUCGAGACGACGACGAGGUCACGACCACUUCAGGAAGUUACACGAUCAAUCCUGAUGAACUAGACGAUGAUUUCUCCAUACGUCCAAACGACCUCUACGUAUGAAGGUCAGCAUGUGUGAAAUGGUGUGAUUUGUCUGUAUUGGCGUCAGAACAGUUCGGAACAUGUGCGUUAUUAAAUAAGUGAAAAUCGGAAAAAAACAUUUUGUGCAAUAUUGGAUCAUGAAUCGUACAAUGUCUACAAGUCAUCAUGCGUGCGGGAAAGUGUACCCAACAACGCCACCUACAGUACCUCAGUGAACACAUUCCAGAAAGGUCAGCGAAGCUCUGCCCUUGCUGAAACAUGUCUGGGAAAAGAUGAAUGUAAACAAAGAUUCUAUGGCCAACCAAGGAUGACAACUGGCAGUCGCCAAGAAAACGUCCUCACCAUAGAGUUGUCAGCAAUGGAUAAAAUAAGAAGAUAUAUUUCUUUUGAGCUGAUUUUGCAUUCAAAAUUUGAUUAAGCUUUUUCAAUGAAAAGAAAUAAAUAGAAUUUUUGGAGAAUUUUUGAAAGAUCGCCGAUGACAAAAGUUUUAUUAUUGUACAAGGAAAGAAUUUUUAUGAAGAAGUUAAAUUUGUAUGUGAUUCUGAUUUUAAGGAUUUUUUUAUUAUAUAUUUAACUAUAAUCAUUUUAUCCAGAAACGAUGGAUAAAUGGAUCAUUGUGCCAUAUUUUGUGCUAAUGGAGUAAAUGGUCAAAGCUCUUGAAUAAAAAAACUAGAAAUAUUAAUUGGAAGUUCAUUGUAAGAUGCUAAUUAAUAAACAGUUAAUUUGAUUUUUUGGUGGGGUCUUUAAUUUUGUUGAAUUUGUGGGAAAUCUUCAUCCAUAGGUCCACAUUGCAAGUUUGAUAUAAAACGUUUCUCCAUUUGAGUGGGUAUUUGUAAUCCACAAAUUCAGGAAAUCACGAAAAUUGGGCCCUCUGAUUUCAUAAUAAUUUUCUAUAUUUUUGGUACUGUUGGUUAACAAAGAAUAAAUUUGAAAUUUUCUGAUUUUUUUAAAGAACAUUCAUUUGAAAAAACAAGAGCUUUAUGUAUGUUUGAUAGAAAGAGAUCAAUUUGGUGUCGUAGAGAAAUCUAUUUGCGAAUUAUUCCAAUACAUGUAGCGUAAUCCAGAUGUUGAACAAGAAAACUUUAUCUUGAGAGAUCCAGCGUAAACCAAAGUUAUUUAAUCCAUUAGAAUGUGAUAGAAAUUAUCCCAGUUUUACAAAUGUGUUCAAAUAUUAUCAUUGGUUGUGUAUAGGUUUGGUGGGUGAAUAUGAUUUAUAUCUUUAUAUAGCUUCUGUGUUCUAACCAUGUUAUCAACUUAAAGGGACAAGUAUUUUUGGGUUUCGCUUUAAAACAAAACUGCCAAGAAUUUCAUUUUUAGUUUAUGCGGUUUUGUUAAACUUUUUUUUGGCAAAAAAAGAUUGUGAUAAAUAUUCUGAAUUGGAUGAUUAAAAAAUAAAUUAAAAAACCAUGAGGAUCUAACAUAAAAAAGGGAAUUUUCCUUUUAUGAGUCAUUUGGAAACAUUUAACACAAAUUUACUUGGAAAAUGAGAUAAAAGUAGCAAUAUGCAGUGAGCAUUAGUGUUUGAAAGAUGGAGAGAGAGAGAGAGACCCAAUUGAGAUGAUAGAAGAGAAAAAUUAACAGAAAAAUUGACAUACCUUUGCAUUUGAAGCAAAGUGUGUGGAAAGGAGAAAGAUCCAGAGAAACAGGGAGUGAGAGAAAGACAGCGUAUGAUUGAAAAACAGAGAAAUUCUAUGAUUUUGAAAGCUGGAAAAUUUAUCUAUCAGUUAAUUGUUGUACAGAUUUGCUAUUUCACUGGUUAAUGCGAAUGACAUAACAUGAAAUACAGUUUGGGCGGCUAAUAAUAUUUCUUAUUCUAUUUUUCGAAUUCCAUAUAGGAACAAAAUUUGCCUAUGGAAAAUAUUGCAAUUAUUUGUGAUUAUCCAACAGGUAUUUGUUGGAGAGGUUUGUUCUUAACGAUGAUGUUCAAAUUGUUGUUGUUAUUGUUAUUGAUGCUGUACUUGUCAAUUUAUUUGUGUUAAACAAAAUAUGGCAGAAGAUAUACAGUAAAUUGUCUCAUGUACAUGUAUUAUACAAAAUCAUAAAUGAA